GCGCGGUGAGGGAACGGGAGAGGGAACGGGACUGACUUCCACGAUGUUGCGAGGAGCYGCUCACAGUGCAAAAGACACAUUCAAUCUUCUGUUGUCAAGAUCUCAGAGCUAUAACCCAGCACUGAARUUUUCACCAGUGUGUCCUGACGUGGCAAACAGAAGCUUCCUAAUACAUUGCAAUUACACAACGGACACCAAGUCARGACAGGAAAAUAAAAAAACCCUUGAGAGUCUGUACAGUUUGUCAGUUGACAUCACCAAGAUCCGCAGACUGAAGGAAUGGGUUCUUCUCCAGGAUGUGGCCUAUGUUAAAGAAAUUGCUGGUAUCUUACAAGAAAUGGGAGCAGAUGAGACCACUGUAGCCARCAUUAUAGAACGCUGCCCAGAGGCAAUUCUCCACACCCCAGCAGARAUAAACUCUCAAAGAGCUUUAUGGCAAUUAGUAUGCCAGAAUGACAAACAGCUGGUUAAAUUAAUAGGACAAUUUCCAGAGUCUUUUUUUACUACUGACUAUCACCAGAAUCAGAAGGCAAAUAUACUGUUUUUUCAAGAGCUGGGACUUAAGAAUAAUAUAAUCACCAGGUUCUUGACAAGUGCACCCAAUAUUUUCUAUAAUCCUGUUGAGAAAAACAAAAAUGUAAUUGAGACAUUACAAAGAAAUUACUUAAAUUUAGGGGGUUCUGAGGCAAAUAUGAAGAUCUGGAUACUGAAGCUAUUGAGCCAAAAUCCAUUUAUUUUAUUAAACACYUCCACUGCAAUCCAGGAGAACCUGGAAUUUCUCCAAAAGAAUGAUUUCACUGACCAGGAAGUUCUACAGCUGCUGUCCAAACUUAAAGGUUUCAUUUUUCAGCUUAAUUCUAYUACAAUGGAGAAGAGUAUGCUUUUUUCCAAAAAGGUCUUUAAGUGCAGUGAUCAAGAACUAAAACAACUAGUGCUGAAAUGCCCAGCCCUUCUCUACUAUUCUGUUCCAGUUUUGGAAGAAAGACUUGAAGGACUACUGAAGGAAGGAAUUUCUAUAGCACAGAUUAGGGAAACACCAAUGGUGCUGGAGUUGACAACACAAAUUGUUCAGUACCGAAUUAAAAAACUCUCUGCAUUAGGAUAUGAUAUCAAGAGUGGGAAUCUAGAAAGCUUGAAUGGUACUAAAAAAGAUUUUGAAGUUAGCUUUGGUAAGAUACAAUCAAAGAGGGAGAGACCAAUUUUUAAUCCUGUUGCUCCUCUACACAUUGAAGACUAAUUUGAAUGCUGUAUUUCAAGUUAUGCAAAAGCAAAUUAMAAAGGAAGUUGGUUCUUUGAGAAGAGAUGGAACAAAAGCAAUCUUAACCARACUGUGUCUUAUACUGCACUUUGCCCAGGCACAACUUCAUGAUACAAUUGUAAUAUUCUAAUGCUUUCAAAUACCAUAAAAGUGAUGGUUAUGAUAAAGGUUGCUUUGUUCUARGAGUACCCUCAGAUGUUACAUUUGCAUACCCAGUAGGGCAUUAACUGCCUUAGAUUUUCAGCUCUCACUGCAUAGUCCAGUCUGUAGUAGUGAUUAGCACAAUUUUUUUUCUGAGGAAGACAAAAGGAUUAUUUUUUCAACGGUGUUCAUCAUUCCACUGGUCCACUGUCUUCAGAAAACUCUCUUGKAGUUCUUUUCCCACUGUAGCUCCUGGACCUGACCUGAAACAGAGUUGAUUUCUUGGAUAGGAAAGCCCUGUCCUGAGAACAGGGGUGGGACAUAAUUUUUGUUUAAUUCMGUGACUGCUACGGUGAGGCCCUAGUUAGUAUGUUUGUAUACAAAUCAUAAAGCAAAGAAACAACAAGAUUACAGCCUUUCUUACAACAUUUCUGAGACUUCAAAAUGAACUUAUUUUUCAAAAGGCUUGGGACAGGAGGAAAUACAUUUAUUGCUAUUGUGUAGUUCUUAAUUUCUUCUCUUCUAGAAGGGUUUGGGGACAAGAAACAUUAGGGAGAGACUCAAAUCUCAAAUGAUGYUAGGAGAAAAGAGAAAGUCAUGCUUUUCUAUUAGGUGUAACAAAAGUCUACUCUGAAGUACUGGUGAUUAAAAAUGUCUACCAGAUUUGCAAGCAGCUGCCACAGUUUCUAAAUAUAGGGGUGGCACUGCUUCUCAGAUAACACCAUCUGAUAAUUGGCAACAAGUGUUGGCUCUCAAAAUAGUAACUAUCAGCAUUUAAGUUCUCAGGGGAUUUGAUUUCUUCUGCCUUAUGGGCUGUGAAUGAUAAUAUAAAAUAGUAGCAUCGUUGACAAUCAUCUCAAUAGAAUUAGGAUCAUCAGUAAUUUUAUUUCUCAGACAUUCCUAAGUAGCUAUUGCACACACAUUCCCUCUUGACAGCYGAAUAAAAACCAGCUACACCACUCUCAAUCCAGGCAUUCUUCAAGGUCAUUUUGAACACACGUUUUGGCASCUAGUCAUUUUUGAAUGUAGCACCAGCAUGAAAAAAUGUCUGGCUGUGGUACUAAGCUGUAUCUAUGCUGUUUCAAAACACAUUGUAUUAAAAAUUCACAGGAAUUUUGCCUUUCUCACUUUCGAAGUGUCAUUUCUGCUCAGCUAUUAAACAGACCAUAAUACUAUCUAUUAAACAGACCACAAUAUUAUCUGAAUUCAAAAGCUUCCUUCCCCUCAGACACAAGGGGCAUUUCAGCUCUCCAAAGCUCUUCCUAUCACAAUCUAACUGAGCCAGAGAYCUGAGUGGUGGCUUAACAGGAAAAGGAAACCAAGACAUAAAACAGUGUUUUCCCUGAAUAUUUAGUUCUAGCAUUUCUACAGGUAGCUGUUUUUACAAAGUUCUAGAAACAGCUUAUUCCCAUCACUUAGAUUAUCUCCAGUGGCAACAGAACAGGAAAAAGAUGUAUUUCCUUAAUUGAGUCACAGCCUGAAUUAUCACUAACUCAUUUUGCAUUCUGAAUGUUUCAAUUCUCUUCCCCCUUUCAAAAUAAAAGCAUKAGCAGAAAUGCAUUUUCUCUACUACCAGAUGAAAAUUCAGUCAAUCCUUCAUAACUCURUGUUUGGGACAUAGAGUUUCUCUCUUCUUCACAAGAUUAAUUUACAACAGAGCCUCAGGAAAGCUCCCAAUCACCAAAACACUGUUGCUGAAAUCUGUGGCCAGCCUGUGUUUAAGCCUUUGAUUACACAGUGAGCAGUCAGGCAUACAAGUUGCCCUCAUAAACCUUUCCCUUUUUGAAACAGGGACUGGGAAAAUAAAAGUGAAAUAAAGUCACCACAAAAACAACCCCACAUCUCCUGAAAAUUUCAGUUCCAUACUCMCUUCAGCUCACUGUGAUUCUAAAAGUGGGUAUGUCCAAGCAUCACUCAUCAGGGGAAAGGAGAAUGAGAGCAAAGGAUUUUGUGCUGUGUCUGUGCACAGCUUAAACACUGAAGUUACAGUUUUUGUUAAGACCUGGUUGAUGCCAAGUAGACCCAGAUUAAAGACACCAUGGACAUCAUACUGUGGGAAGAUUUACACCUAAGUAUGCCUAUCUCCACAAAACUAAGGAAGCUUCCAAAUGUCUGAAACAGCAACAAUUUAAUGUUUCACAGGUGCCAGGACAGAAUUGGAACAAGUUUUUAAGAUGAAGCAAGUUUCAUAAGUGCAARGAGAACACACAGGAUAUAGGACAAAGCUCUUUGAAAACUAGAACCAUAUGCUGUGUAAAAGCAUUUCAGUUACAAAACUCAAAGCAAUAGCUACAGGAUAUGUYAAGAACAAAACAUCAUGAAGAGCUGGCAACUCUUCACAUAUCUAACAUUGCUUAUCUAAGACCACACUUGUUUUGCUGCAAGUUUUAUAGUUUAAAAAUUAAAGAAUAUCAUUUAAAAAUGGGUAUGACCGGUUCAACAUUCCCGUUUUUAGAACAACUCUUAGAAAGGGUUUGGUUGAAU